AUGAGGUUCUUCAAACAUUCGUUGCCCUUUGUGGCAACGGCACUUUCGCUCCUCACAGGCACUGACGCCCGGUCGCAAGAACCAAAUGCCAUCCAACGCGUUUCGAGCCUCGAUCAUACAACGAUAAACACGCCCUCCCAUCAAAUAGACCAUCUCUCCCACUUCGAUAUAACGUUCAGUCUUCGUGACAAGAACCAAAGAAUCAAAUUAGAGCUAGAACCGAACCAUGACAUUCUCGCCGAAGACGCUUUUGUACAGUACCUAGACGCCGAUGGAAACGUCCGACGAGAGGAGGCUAUCCCGCGACAUGAACACAAAGUCUUCAAAGGAAGGUCCUUGAAGGGACGAGGGAAGGGCAUGUGGGACCCGGUGGGCGAGGCCAGAAUCUACAUCAAGAACGACGGACCCCAGCCACUCUUCGAAGGUGUUUUCAGCAUCAACGGCGACAAUCAUCACGUGGAAUUAAAAUCGACCUACUUGGAAAAGAAGCGCUCCCAAGAUGUUGACAUCCCCGACCGGAAAGGCGAUUACAUGAUCUUUUACCGUGAUUCUGACAUGAUCCGACAAAUCCAUACCGACCUGAAGCGCUCGCUCCCUCUCUCUUCGUCGUGCUCGGCAGACAAGCUUGGCUUCAAUGCCGACCCCAAUCACCCGGUUCUUCAACCUCUCGAGCAGGAGAACAUGGGAACCUGGGGAGCUAUGUCCCUAAACUCCAUGUUUGGGCUGAACAAGCGGCAGUCUGAUAUCGGUGGCUCUUCGGGAAAUGCCGGCGGAGUGAACCUGAAGUCAACUAUUGGUAGCACUUCGGGCUGCCCCAACACCAAGCAGGUUGCGCUCAUCGGUAUCGCCACUGACUGUGAAUUCACCGGCUCGUUCAAAGAUGAAGAGGCGGCCAAGCAAUGGGUUAUCAACACCGUCAAUAGUGCAUCCAACGUCUAUGAGAAGUCGUUCAACAUCUCCAUCGGUCUACGGAAUUUGACCGUGACAGACAAGGAAUGCCCGGAAAGCCCGCCGUCUUCAACCGAGUGGAACAUGCCUUGUUCAAAGGGGAACAUCACGUCCCGCUUAGACCUGUUCUCCAAGUGGCGUGGACAGCAAAAGGACGAGAACGCAUACUGGACUUUGAUGAGCAAUUGUCCUACGGGUCCCGAAGUCGGAUUGGCAUGGCUGGGGCAGCUGUGCAACGCGGAAGUCUCUAGUGAUGGCGCCAACUCUGUCAGCGGAACCAAUGUCGUCGUCCGCUCCUCGGGAGGUGGAUGGCAGAUCUUUGCUCACGAGUCGGGCCACACGUUUGGGGCGGUUCACGAUUGUGAUUCCCAAACCUGUAAACAGAACCUUGCGGCAUCUUCCCAGUGCUGUCCGUAUACUGCCGACGAGUGUGAUGCGAAGUCACAAUACAUCAUGAACCCAAGCACGGGCCAGGACAUUACCAAGUUCUCGCAGUGCACAAUUGGCAACAUCUGCUCUGCCCUUGGUCGCAACAGCGUCAAGUCUACCUGCCUUUCCGAUAACCGCGGAGUUACUACUUACACGGGUGGUCAAUGUGGUAAUGGUAUCGUCGAGUCUGGUGAAGACUGCGAUUGUGGUGGGGAGGAAUCUUGCGGCGACAACAAGUGCUGUGAUGCCAAAACCUGCAAGUUCAAGGAUAAUGCGCAAUGUGACGAUGCCAACGACAGUUGCUGCUCGAGCUGCAAAUUUGCCAAGGCCGACACAGUCUGCCGGGCCAGUCGCGGUGAAUGUGAUGUCGAAGAGAAGUGCACUGGAAAUUCGAGCACCUGUCCUUCUGAUCACUUCAAGGAUGAUGGUUCGAAGUGUGGCAACUCCUCGUCUGGUUUGACCUGCGCUAGCGGCCAGUGCACUAGUCGAGAUUACCAAUGCCGCAGCGUUAUGGGCAGCCUGCUGCACAGCAAUGACACCAAUGCCUGCAGUCAAUUCAACGACAAAUGCGAGAUCAUCUGCUCCUCUCCAGGCUUCGGCCAGUGCGUGAGUGUCAACCAGAAUUUCUUGGACGGAACUCCUUGCGGCAGCGGUGGUCACUGUGACAAUGGAAGCUGCAAGGGAUCUAGCGUCAAAAACUGGAUCGAUGACCACAAGAACGUGGUGAUCGGUAUUGCCUGCGGUGUGGGAGGUCUCAUUGUCCUUGCCAUCUUGUGGUGCCUGAUCAACCGGUGUCGCCGCUCUCGACCUGCCGCAAAGCCGAUGCCUCCCCGGGUUCCCUACGGCGGCUGGCAAGGCCCGAUGCCGCCGCCACCACGACCUCCCAUGGGCCAGUGGCCCAACGUACCGACGCGAGGAUAUCAAGGACUCGCCACGGAACCUCCUCCUCCCCCUUACCCCGGUCCAUCAUACAACAACCCCGGGGGUGCAGGCUACAUGCCUCCUCCGGCGCGAUACGCAUGA